CUUUCCUAUGAGAAUCCAGUUACUGGAGACUGAGUGCAGGCAGUUACAGUUACUGUGCAAACUGUCAAUAUGAGACUUUCACUGGGAAUUCUUUCUGUCUUAUCAGCACUGGCUGCAACCGGUCAUUCACUCUCUUGCCAGAACUGCACGUCAGCCAGUAGUACUUCAUGCCUAGGCCCAAGUGUUACCUGCGCUCCUGAUAAUGUUUGUGCAGCUUCUUACAUAUUAACUACUGCAGAUGGUGGACCUGCAAGUAAAAUAUAUACCCUCUCCUGUGCACCUCAGAGCAAGUGUGAUAAACAAGGAAGUAUCAGUAUUCCUCAAGCAAAAAUCAAACAAGGAAUCUCCUGUUGUUUUACAGACAACUGCACCCCCACAACGCCGACCUUGCCAGUUGAUAGCUCUCAACAGAAUGGACUGGUCUGCCGAAGUUGCAUAUCUGCAGACUCAACCUGGUGUUACACUAGUGAUACCAUGCAAUGCACAGGAGAGGAGAAAAUGUGUAUCCUGCAGAGUACAAAGAUAACAGGAUCUCAAUCACUCAGUACGGCUGUACGUGGCUGUGCUACUAAGAGUAUAUGUGAUAUCGGAAGCAAUUCUAUCAGUACUCCUCAACUUUCCAUGGAUGUCAAAAUCUCAUGUACUAGUGGCAGCUCUGGUGUUCAUCAAGGCUACAUCAUGUUAUUACUUGUCCCCAUCGCUUUAAUGAAAAUAUUGUAUUAAGCGUAGUAAGUGGUUUUCUCUUACCUGCCAUUCUCUCCAAAAACUGUUAAUUUUAUUUGCAUAAUGAAAGAGGUUGUAAUUCGGUAAAGCUAUCCUUUAUAUGUCACUUAAAAAUUCUAAUUUUUUUCAAUGAAAGUAGCAUUUUGUUUGUUUCUUUAUCUUCUGGGUCUACUUGAUGAAACUCUGCAGCCAGAGUCAUUGCUCCUCCAGAUCUCAACUGCUUCCUUCAUACUAAUAUAUGUAUAUAAUACUGUAUAUAUGUUUUUAGUGCUAGCGUUACUAUUAGUUGUCAUCAGCCCUGUCUGCACACAAAACAGUAAGCUCAGGAAGGCAAUAUGGGGAGAAGUCAGGGACCAUAUUUAUAUAUAGGCUGUUCCAGUGUCGGAAUGGGGACCCAGGGCUCACCAGCCUGCUGCCUUAGGGGCCCCCACACAAUCUCUUGACUCCCCAUCCACAAAACACUUUCUGACCCCCCAUCCCAACCGCAACCCACCUCUGCACCCCCCCCCCAUUCCUUUACAAUCCUCCUCUGCUCCUCUUACCUAUUCCUUCUCCUCUUACCUAUUCCUUCAUGUGGCACCGACUGGGGCCAGAGAGGGAGGUUGAGCAUUGACCGGAUCAAGGGAGGGAUGUAUGGAGAGCUAUAGUGCUUCAAGAAGGGAGCAGGUCUUGGCUGGUGGGCCCAUGAGAGCCAGCCCCACCGGCCCAGUCUGACCCUGAUGACAUCACGCACACCCGUAAAUUGGCAGUUCUGUCAAGUCAUGUGCUUAUGGUGUCAACAGACCUAAAUACAGCAAUGGACAAGGUUGUGAAGUUGAGGUAGAGAGCAGUAAAAGCACCAAUAAAACAGAACCAAUUCCAAAGAAAAAGGAGGAAAUGGAACAAUACAGGAGAAACAGCUUAUAUGGGACCACAUAGAUUUCAGGCCAAACCCUGUUGUUAAUUGAACAUGGCGAAAAGCAUUUAUGAAUGUAUUUUAUGUAUACAGGUUAUGAUCUGUGAACUUUAAUAAAAUCCAUUAGAAGUUU